AGCAUUUUGUUGGUGAAAGGAACCACUGGCAUCAAGUUGCUGUCUCUUCAUGUUCAGUUCUUGUCGACUAAAGAAGGGACGAUCUUUGCCAACAUGUUGAGGAUGCUUGGUUUCCAGAUGUAAUCUAAGCUUACUGGGCCUUAGUGAUUCAGCUGAAAAGAGACCAAGACUCCUGCUGGCCAGUCUCAGCCCAGCUCUGCCAUGGACAAGCUCCGCAAGGCUCUCAGCGGCCGGGAGACCUCUGAUGACCAGGAUGAGGAGCGAGGGAACAUCAUCACUCAGACAGAGGACACACCACUCCUGCGUGUGAUUGAUAACAACAGUCUCAGCUGGAACACCAGAGUGAAGGGGUUUGCAAUUUGCUUCGUCCUUGGUUUUGUAAUGUCCUUCCUUGGCUCAGCACUGUUGUUCCUUCCCAAAGGACUCAUCUUGUUUGCUGUCUUUUACACCAUUGGGAAUUGUCUUGCUCUUUCCAGUACAUGCUUCCUCAUGGGGCCUGUCAACCAAUGCAAGAAGAUGUUUGCCAAGACCCGCAUUAUUGCCACCAUUGUCAUGUUUUUGGCACUCUUCAUGACCCUCAUUGCUGCUUUUGUGAUCCACAAGAAGGCCCUGGCACUGCUUAUGGUGAUCAUACAGUUCCUGGCCAUGACAUGGUACUCCCUCUCGUACAUUCCCUAUGCACGGGAUGCAGCCAAAAAGUGCUUUGCCUCCUGUGUGGAGUGAUCCUUGGCCCAUGAUCAAGUCCUUCCAUGUGUCCUGCUGUGCCUUGCAUAUGAUACGUGAGUUGUCAGUGUUACGUAAUUAAGCUGAGUUUUUGUAUUUAUUGUAUCUCACCCCAAUAUGUGAAAUCAUAGUUUAUACAUUUUUAUGUUUGUGAAGAUUGGUGUUGAUGAUUUUGACCGAGAAAGCAUCUGAAUACAAAAGGCCUGUGGCUCCUGCAGAAAUCAUGUUAAUUCAAGAUGUGUCAGUUGAUAUUCUUUUGUGUUUUGUAAAUAUAUAGAGCAAUGACCACAUAGAGGAAAUUGAAGCUUUUAAGUUCCAUGUGGUAUAUCACUGGAAAUGUUUCUUUAAUUGAAACAUUUUCAAACAUUUCAUCUUAAGAAUGCUGGAUACACUGGAUUUCCAUCUUCCAAACUGUCACACAUAUCGAGGAACAGAUGUAGCUGGAUAUUACACUUGAAGGACAGCUUUAGUGUACUUGAGACCACUGCAGUGAUAAACUGUUUCAGACAUUAAUAUUCUUUGUGUUAGAUGUUUAUCACUCAAAGAGCUUAUUCCCAUUAAAUACUUUCCAUGAGUGAAGACAUUGGUUAACCCAUCCAUUAUUUCAUCAGAUGAGGCUUGGCUUUUGCACUGAAACCAAGGGCUUUGACCAAAUUGUAAAGCCUGCAGAAGUUGGGGGCCUCGUGAGAAGUCACAAAUGUUAGUAGCCUUAAGAGCAUUCUGUUGUAUUGUGACUAGAAAUAUUGAGCUUUGAUGGUAUUAUUUGUGCCUUCCAUUUUUAUAUGUCUACAUUCCCAUAUAGUCUCACCAAUCUACACAAAUAUUUUUAUAUACUGGUAACAUAGUGUGCAUAUUAUUAAGAGAUGGAUGGCAACAUGUGAAACUGCUCUCCACUGUAUAAUUUUUUUUAAUAAUUUAAUGUUUGCUCUUACUGUUGAAGAUAUAUAAAUAUAGAUUUUUGUAUAC